CUUCUCCCAACCCCCCCCUCUCUCUCUCUCUAAAGGAAUGGAUACUGAGGAUGGGGAGGUCCAGAAGAACUGGUGUUUUGUCAAUUUCACAAUGAGACAUAGACAAGGUUGAACGGGAAAAACAACAAACACCCCCCCAAGGAGACGGCAGCAGUAGGAAAUUUAAAACAAGUUAUUCCCCCCCCUCCCGUCCUCUUAAAAUUAAAGCAGACCCUGAUUUUUAGAAUUAGGGAUUCUUAAAAUACAAGUUUUUUUUUUUCUCCUCCCCCCUGUGUUUUUUUUUUUGGGGAGGGGGGGGGUUCUGUUUUUGGUUUUUUGGCACUUUGUUUUCGUUCGGCGGCGGACAUCGGUCGCUAUUUGGUGGGAUCUACAAAUGGAAACAAAGAGGGUCUCGUUCACCUUGUGCUGGUGUGGCUUCCUCGCUCUCUGCGCCUCGCUUGCCCUGGGACAGUCUCACAUCGAAAUCUGCAGCGGCAUGGACAUUAGGAACCAGGUGUCGGACCUAAGGCAGCUGGAGAACUGCACCAUCAUCGAGGGCUACCUGCAGAUCCUGCUCAUCAGCGGCAAGGCGGAGGACUUCCGCGCCCUGCGCUUCCCCAAGCUGACGGUCAUCACCGAGUACCUGCUGCUCUACCGCGUCUACGGGCUGGAGACCCUGCGCGACCUCUUCCCCAACCUGACCGUCAUCCGCGGCGUGCGACUCUUCUUCAACUAUGCCCUGGUGAUCUUCGAGAUGACCCACCUGAAGGAGAUCGGGCUGUACAGCCUGCAGAACAUCACGCGUGGAGCCGUGAGGAUUGAGAAGAACAACGACCUUUGCUACCUGUCCACCAUCGACUGGUCGUACAUCCUGGAUGCUGCCGAAAACAAUUACAUCGACCGCAACAAGCAGCAGAACGAGUGCGGGGACGUGUGCCCUGGGACCAUGGAGGACCACCCCCUGUGCACCAAGACCAGCGUCUACAACCAGUACAACUAUCGCUGUUGGAAUGCCAACCACUGCCAGAGAGUGUGCCCAAAGCCGUGUGGGAAGCGAGCGUGUACGGAGAAGGGAGAAUGCUGCCACAUGGAGUGUCUGGGAGGCUGCACGGCCCUCAAUGACAACCGGGCCUGCAUGGCCUGCCGCAACUACUACUACGACGGCCAGUGCCUGGCCAGCUGCCCAGCGGGCACCUACCGGUUCGAGGGCUGGCACUGCGUGACCAAGGAUCUCUGCUCCAAGAUCCCGGUGGAGAAUCCCAAGGAGCAGUUUGCGCUUCACGAGGGGGAGUGUACCCUCAUCUGCCCGUCUGGGUACACACGCAACGCCAGCAGCAUGUACUGCACCCCCUGUGAUGGUCCUUGCCCCAACGUGUGUCCAGUGAAGACGGAGACCAUCGAUUCAGUCACCGCUGCUCAGUACCUGAAGGGAUGCACGGUGGUGAAUGGCAACCUGAUCAUCGCCAUCCGCAGGGGCAACAACCUCGCUGCGGAGCUGGAGGCCAAUCUGGGCCGAAUCGAGACUAUCACGGGAUACCUGAAGAUCCACCAUUCCUAUGCCCUGGUGUCUCUCUCCUUCUUCAAGAGCCUGCGCUACAUCAACGGGGAGGAGCAUCUCGAAGGGAACUAUUCCUUCUACGUGCUGGACAACCAGAACUUGCAGCAGCUUUGGGACUGGGGCCGGCACAACCUCACCAUCAAGCAGGGCAAGGUCUACUUCGCCUUCAACCCCAAGCUGUGUGUGUCCGAGAUCUAUCGCAUGGUGGAGGUGGCCGGGGUGAAGGGUCGGCAGGGGACGUCCGACAUGGAGCAGAGAACCAACGGAGACAGGGCCUCCUGUGAAAGCCACAUCUUGAAGUUCACCAGUAACUCCACCGCCAAGAACAAGAUCAUCUUGAAGUGGGAGCACUAUCGGCCACCGGACUACCGGGACCUCAUCAGCUUCAUCGUGUACUACAAGGAAGCGCCCUUCCAGAACCUGACGGAGUACGACGGGCAGGAUGCUUGCGGCUCCAACAGCUGGAGCAUGGUGGACGUCGACCUGCCCCAGAGCAAGUCCCAGGAGCCCGGCGUCUACCUGUCCAACCUGAAGCCCUGGACCCAGUACGCCAUAUUCGUCAAGGCCAUCACGCUCGCCACCUCCGAAGAUGGGCGCAACUACGGAGCAAAGAGUGAAAUCAUCUACAUCAAGACCAACGCCUCAGCUCCCUCGGUCCCGCUGGACGUGGUGUCGGUGUCAAAUUCAUCGGCGCAGCUGGUGGUGAAAUGGAAGCCACCGGCCUUCUCUAACGGGAACAUCACCUAUUACCUGGUGCGCUGGCAACAACAGCCCGAGGAUGCGGAGCUCUACCGACACGACUAUUGUCACAAAGGUCUGAAGCUGCCCACCAGGAUCUCUGCCACCGGCACCAUCGACCUGGACGGUGGAGACUCCAAGACGUCGGACAAGACGGGCCAGGGCCAGUGCUGCGCUUGCCCGAAGACCCAGGCCGAGAUCAACGCCGAGGCUGAGGAGGUCAUGUUUCAGAAAUCCUUCGAGAACUUCCUGCACAACUCCAUCUUCAUGCCCAGGCCGUUCCGUAAACGCAGAGAGGCGUUUGGAAUCGCCAACGCCACCUUGCCCCUGAACGACACGGCGCAGCCCGAGCAGCGUCACGGCAACGCCAGCGCCGAGAGGACGCAGGACUACCCGUUCUUCGAGAACAAGGUGUGGGUCAAGGACCGCACGGUCAUCUCCAACCUGCGGCAUUUCACCACCUACCGGGUGGACAUCCACGCCUGCAACCACGAGGCCUACAAGCUGGGCUGCAGCGUGUCCACCUUCGUGUUCGCACGCACCAUGCCCAUAGACAAAGCGGACAACAUCCCGGGCCAGGUGGUGUGGGAGCCGGGAGACGAUGACACCAGCAUUUACCUCAAGUGGUCGGAGCCGCAGAACCCGAACGGCCUGAUCCUCAUGUACGAAGUCAAGUACAACCGCGGGGACAACGAGGUGCAGCAGGAGUGCGUGUCUCGCCAGCGGUACAGGUUGAGUGGCGGCGGCUGCAAGCUGGACCGGCUCAGCCCCGGCAACUACUCUGCGGAUGUGCGGGCCACCUCGCUAUCGGGGAACGGUUCGUGGACCGACCCCGUCAUGUUCUACAUCAAGGCCAAACCGCCUGGUCCUGAUAACCUUAUGCAGUUGAUCAUCGCUCUGCCAAUUGCACUGCUCCUGAUGAUCAUUGGCCUCAUAUUGACACUAUAUUUCUUCAACAAGAAACGAAAUAACGACCGCCUGCCCAAUGGAGUCCUGUAUGCAUCGGUCAAUCCCGAAUACUUCAGUGCUGCUGACAUGUACGUGCCGGACGAGUGGGAGGUCCCGCGGGAGAAGAUGACCAUGUGUCGGGAGCUGGGCCAGGGUUCCUUCGGGAUGGUGUACGAGGGCAUCGCCAAGUGCGUGGUGAAGGGCGACAUGGAGACGCAAGUGGCCAUCAAGACCGUCAACGAGUCGGCCAGCAUGCGCGAGCGCAUCGAGUUCCUCAACGAGGCGUCUGUGAUGAAGGAGUUCAACUGUCAUCAUGUGGUCCGUCUGCUUGGUGUGGUAUCCCAGGGCCAGCCUACCUUGGUGAUCAUGGAGCUAAUGACCCGUGGUGACCUGAAGAGCUACCUGCGUUCACUCCGGCCCGAUGCAGAGAAUAACCCUGGCCAACCUCCCCCCACCCUGAAGAAGAUGACCCAGAUGGCGGGCGAGAUUGCAGACGGCAUGUCCUACCUGAACGCCAACAAGUUUGUUCACCGGGAUUUGGCCGCCCGUAACUGCAUGGUGGCAGAAGACUACACGGUGAAGAUUGGAGACUUUGGGAUGACCCGGGACAUCUACGAGACGGAUUAUUACCGCAAAGGAGGCAAGGGGCUUCUCCCCGUCCGCUGGAUGUCGCCCGAAUCCCUGAAAGACGGAGUUUUCACCACGCACUCUGAUGUCUGGUCGUUUGGCGUGGUGCUGUGGGAGAUUGCCACGCUGGCAGAACAGCCGUACCAGGGCAUGUCUAACGAGCAAGUGCUGCGUUUCGUCAUGGAGGGCGGCUUACUGGAGCGGCAAGAAUCCUGCCCUGACAGCCUGUUUGAGCUGAUGCGUUUGAGCUGGCAGUACAACCCCAAGAUGCGUCCCUCCUUCACCGAGAUCAUCCAGAGCAUCAAGGGCGACCUGGAGCCCGGCUUCAAGGAGGUGGCGUAUUUCUACAGCGAGGAGUGCAAGAGCCGGGACCAGGAGGAGUUUGACAUGGAGACGGAGAACAUGGAGAGCGUGCCUCUCGACCCGUCCUCCAUGCUGCAGCACGCCGCCGCCGCCGACAAACACACGGGCCACAAGGUGGAGAACGGCCCUGGCAUCGUGCUGAGGGGCAGCUUCGACGAGCGGCAGCCCUACACGCACAUGAACGGCGGCAGGAAGAACGAGAAGGUGUUGCCUCUGCCCCAGUCCACAGCCUGCUGAUCCCCUGCACACACACAUGCACACAUAUACAUACAUGCGCACACAUACAUACGUACACUCACGCGCACACAUACAUCCACACACGUACACACACACACGUACAUGCACACACACAUACAUGCACUCACGCGCACACAUACAUCCACACACAUGCACACACACAUACAUGCACUCACGCGCACACAUACAUCCACACACGUACACACACACGCGUACAUGCACACACAUACAUGCACACACAUACACACGUACAUGCACACACACAUACACACGUACACUCACGCGCACACAUACAUCCACACACAUAUACACACACACGCGUACAUGCACACACACAUACAUGCACACACAUACACACGUACAUGCACACGCACAAACGUACGCACCCAUAUACACACGCACACAAACCCACAAAUGCAUGCAUGCAUACAAACAGCAUUCAAAGAUUUGCAUACAUAUGCACACACAAAGACGAGCCUGUGCUCAAACAAACAUGCAAAGACACUCGUGCAUACAUGCACACA